GCUACCGUCGGAAUUGUCAACCAUUUUGCUUGUUCUGAUCGGUGCAUUUUACAUGACCUUUUUGCAACAAUUUCCUGUUUUUUAAGCUGCAGCGUUGUGUGACAAUUUGAGGAACUGAUUUGAUUGCUUAAUCGAAAGGCUUACGGGCACCUACAACGUCUUAUAAUUCAUAUGAGCAUCACAUCUCCCCAGCAGAGUGCGCUUGGACCGAAAGCGGAAGAUGAGAAAAACGCGGCAAGCCGCAGAAUUUUCUGAAUUGAAGGAAUUGGUGUAUCAGCUAAGAGUAUCUGAUUUGCAACAUCUACUUGGUGAACAUAACAUUAGUCGUAGUGGACGUAAAAGUGACCUGGUGGAGCGAGUUCUUACUCUUGUUCGUCAAAACAUAUCCGUACUAAAACACAAAGUUCGCGAACUUCAUCGCAAAGCCCAGCAGGAAACUACGGCAAUACCUACCGCGCUUUCCUUUAACUUGCGGGAGCAGACAUUCCAAGGCUCAAUUAACAUAGAGCCACGUCUUGCCUUAGCCGUACAAUCGUUUACACCGGCAGGAGGACAGCACAUGAGCGGGGCUACUAGCAAAGUUACGAAUCCACAAAUACACCACAACAAUAAUCAUAUCCAAAGCUUAAAUACUGCUCGAACAGGACAAGGGAUGUAUCAGCAGCAAUAUGCAAACGCUGUCCAAAGCGAAAAUCGCCCUGUGCACGCAAAUGGAAUUGGUUUACCUGGCUAUCCCGAUGCUACAACAGGUUUUCCAAUACAUCCGGAUGUCCGCCUUAAAAAAUUGGCCUUCUUCGAUGUCCUUGCAACCUUAUUGAAACCAACUACUUUAACUUCUAGCAUUAAUAACCCGUCUCAACGAGUACAGGAGGCUUCAUAUUAUUUCAGCCUUACUCCUCAACAAUCCACGGACAUAGCACUUAAUCGCGACAUACGCAACUCCAACAGAGUGGAGCACACUAUUCAAGUUCAAUUGCGUUUUUGUCUGCUGGAAACAUCUUGCGAACAGGAAGAUUAUUUUCCACCUAACAUAGUGGUAAAAGUUAAUAACAAACUUUGCCCUUUGCCUAAUCCAAUUCCAACCAACAAGCCAGGCGUUGAGCCGAAACGACCUCCCAGACCUGUCAAUAUUACACCGAAUAUCAAGUUAUCUCCAAUAGUUUCGAAUCAUAUAACUGUAUCAUGGUGCACGGAAUAUAAUCGAGGCUAUACUGUCAGCUGCUAUCUUGUACGGAAAUUAUCUUCGCCACAACUUCUUCAAAGGAUGAAAUCCAAAGGAAUUAAGGCUGCAGAUUUCACCAGAGCAUUAAUCAAAGAGAAACUUAAUGAGGACGCUGACUCCGAAAUUGCUACUACUAUGUUGAAAGUAUCUCUGAUAUGUCCACUUGGAAAAAUGCGUAUGAGCACACCAUGUCGUGCUUCUACUUGUUCUCAUCUACAAUGCUUUGACGCGUCACUUUAUCUUCAAAUGAAUGAACGGAAACCAACCUGGAAUUGUCCCGUGUGUGACAAACCCGCCAUUUAUGAUAAUUUAGUUAUUGAUGGUUAUUUUCAAGAUGUGUUGGCAUCCACUAAAUUGUCAUAUGACGAUAACGAAAUACAACUACACAAGGAUGGAUCAUGGAGCACACAUCUAAAACAAAAUGAUUCUUCUGACGAUUCCGCGGGUAAAACAGUACAAAAGGUGGAAGUUAUAUCUGAUGAUAUAGAAUUAAUAACGAACGAUCCACCAAAAAUCAGUAUCAUCACGCAAACUUCUGUUCCCGUAGUCAAUGAACCAACUUCAACUACGACUACCAAUGAAACAGUUGACUUAACGCUAAGUGAUUCGGAAGAUGAUGGACGUUCAAAUCGAAAAAUCAGCAGUCGAUCUACAAUUAAUUCCAAUAAUCCUACAUCAUCCUCUGCAACCUCUUCUAUUAUUGGCCACCCUUCAGCUGGAUCUAAUACACCUGUACGGUCAAAAGAAACUGAAGAUCCUUCGUCAUCCGUGAUUUCAUUAGAUUCACCAUCACCACCAUCAACUCCCAACCCAGCUCAUAUUGGAAAUAAUAACGAUGUUACGUCAACAACGACACCAUUGCUAGCGUACCAUCAAAAACCACAAUUAUCCCCUGCUGGGUUAGGCGGAGAACAAUCAAUCAAUUUUCACGUCAAUCCUCCUUCCAUGCAGAGAUAAGAAUCGACUUAUAAGAUUGAAAUAAUUUCUAGAUAAAUUCAUUUUUAUUUCCCAUUGCUAGUAAUAGUUAUUAAAAAAAUAGUAAUACCAAUUUGCUAUGCGCUGCUUUCUUCCAGUUUCUAAUGGAUUUAUCUGUGUGUGAAAUUUUGAUUUAAAAAAGAUGAAGAUUUUUUUUUCCGGUGACUGGCUUGCGAUUCUGAUACCCAUGCAGUAUUCGGUCCAGUACAACAUGAAUGUCUCAAUAAUGGCUUUUUAUUUUACUAGUUUUGAUGUUUGAAGUAGUUACGACCCAAUAAAUGUAUUUAACUAUUA